AAUGCAGUCCUCACAUGGCAUGUCCCGACCUCAAACUCCUUCUAAGAAGAGCUGAACGCCAGCUUUGGAGUUUAUUUAGAGUGUACUAGUGGCAGGCUUCCUUUCUCACCCCUUCAAGUGCGUGGACCCUGGCCACAAAGACAACCCCAGGACCGGCUCACGCAGGGUUAGAAAAGCAAGUCUGAGGAGGUUGAGACUUCUGGAAGGGAGCAGCACUUCCAAAACCUUGUCGGCAUGGGAGCAGGAGCUAGCGCAGAAGAGAAACACUCCAGAGAGCUGGAAAAGAAGCUGAAAGAAGAUGCCGAGAAAGAUGCAAGAACAGUGAAACUCCUACUGCUGGGUGCUGGCGAAUCUGGCAAGAGCACCAUUGUCAAGCAGAUGAAAAUUAUUCACCAGGAUGGCUACUCCCGGGAGGAGUGUCUGGAGUUCAUCACCAUCAUCUACAGCAACACUCUACAGUCUAUGAUGGCCAUUGUGAAGGCAAUGAACACACUGAACAUCGGCUACGGAGACAGUGGCAGGCAGGACGACUCACGCAAACUGAUGCACCUGGCCGACACGAUCGAGGAGGGGACUAUGCCAAAGGAGCUGUAUGAGAUUAUCAGCCGCCUCUGGAAGGACUCUGGAAUCCAGGCCUGCUUUGAACGAGCCUCAGAAUACCAGCUUAAUGACUCUGCUGGCUAUUAUCUCAAUGACUUGGAUCGAAUCGUACAGCCAGGCUAUCUCCCCACUGAGCAAGACGUGCUGCGUUCACGAGUGAAAACCACUGGCAUCAUUGAGACCCAGUUCGGAUUCAAGGAUCUCAACUUCAGGAUGUUUGACGUGGGGGGCCAACGCUCUGAGCGCAAGAAAUGGAUCCACUGCUUUGAAGGGGUCACAUGCAUCAUCUUCAUUGCCGCUCUCAGUGCCUACGACAUGGUCUUGGUCGAGGACGAUGAAGUGAACCGCAUGCACGAGAGUCUGCAUCUCUUCAACAGCAUCUGUAAUCAUCGCUACUUCAUCGCCACCUCCAUUGUCCUCUUCCUCAACAAGAAGGACGUGUUUCAGGAAAAGAUCAAGAAGACCCACCUGAGCAUCUGUUUCCCGGAUUAUGACGGCAACAACUCAAUGGAAGAUGCCGGAAACUACAUUAAAGCCCAGUUCCUGGAAUUAAACAUGAGGAGGGAUGUGAAGGAGAUCUAUUCCCAUAUGACCUGCGCCACAGACACAGAGAAUGUCAAGUUUGUGUUUGAUGCAGUGACAGACAUCAUCAUCAAGGAGAAUUUGAAAGAUUGUGGUCUGUUCUAAACCCAUUCAAAUACUCCAAGGAAUUCUAUGCUACUGCAAGAAAACGGCUCAUCGAUGUCACAGCAAGUGAAUCCAGGGGUUUGGCAACUUCAUUUACAAAAAACAUACCAGUCAAUAAAAUAUCAUCGGCACCAAUUACUGAGUGGACAUAAGCAGCAAAUGUCUAUCCAAAGGACAAUUUAACAUUAACACCACAAUAAUACCACCCACCCAGCUAGUUAUCAUCCUACAACAAAACAGAACUAUCAAUCAAUAUUCAAUUCCUGAAAUACCAGAGGAGAAAAUGCCUACCAAAGAUUUGGACUGAUUUUUUCUCUUGAUCUUCCAAUUGUUUGAAUUGGCUAUAAAAUGUAGCAAUUUUCCCAUUAAUAAAUACUGACAAAGUCGGUAAGUAAUGAAAUACACAGAUUAGUUCAUGUUUAAUCCCAUCACUGCAAUACAAUGGGCAUGAUGCAAUGCAUACUAUGAGACCCAUGGAGAACAGAUCUAGAGAAGACUGUUCAUUCAGUAUUGGAAUAAAGUGUGACAACUAUAGAGGUUGUACUUGCAAGAAAUCUGGCUUAAUCAAUAUUGCAAUGCAUCAAAACACCUUUAGAGGGAGUUCUCACUAGAAGGGUUCAGUUAUUGUAGUGAAUCUGAAUGAUCUGCAGAGGACGACCAAGAGCACAUGAGCAUCUUCAUACCUUGGAAAACAAGAAGAACCUCUCACAAGAUACAAUAUA